CCAGAAUUCAAGAUGGCGGCAAGACUUGUUCACAGGUUUUCUUGCUUUGCAAGAUCGUUUCAUUCUACGGCUAGAAGAGAUUUUCUGAUUCCAAUGGUCAUCGAAUCAACUGGUCGUGGUGAGAGAGCAUAUGACAUCUUCUCAAGACUAUUAAAAGAAAGGAUUAUUUGCCUGAUGGGUCCAGUGUCAGAUGAGACGUCAAGCCUCAUCAUUGCCCAGCUAUUAUUUUUACAGUCUGAAAGUGCCAAGCUACCAAUACACAUGUAUAUCAACAGUCCAGGUGGUUCUGUUACAGCAGGAUUAGGGAUAUAUGAUACCAUGCAAUAUAUUCAACCUCCCAUCUCAACCUGGUGUGUAGGUCAGGCAUGUAGCAUGGGAUCUCUUCUUUUAACAGCUGGUACUCCAGGGUUAAGACAUGCUUUACCAAACUCUAGGAUCAUGGUUCAUCAGCCUAGUGGAGGAGCAUAUGGUCAAGCUACUGACAUAGCAAUUCAAGCUGAGGAAAUACUAAAAAUGAAGAAAUCCAUUAAUCAGCUUUAUGUGAAACAUACAGGACAAGAUAUAAAGAAAAUAGAGGAUAUGUUAGAAAGAGACAAGUUCUUGUCACCAGAGGAAGCUAAGGAGUUUGGUUUAAUUGAUCGUGUACUUUCAAGUGCUCCUUCUUUUGAUCAGAUAAAAAAAGAGCAAGAAAAGAAUGAUGACUAAAUAUGUUCUAAAUCAUACUUUGAAUGCAUUUGUGAAAUGAAGAUUCUAGUCACCAAAGAACCUUCAGUCUGUAAACCAUGUCAUGACAUGUCAUCACAAGAGACUGAUUAACAUCAUAACUUGAAUGCACUUUCUUUGGCUUACGCCAGAGGAAAAAACAUGGACUGUACUAUAAUGUGUCAAAAUGUUUACAUGUAAAUUUGUAUUUACAUUCACAAUAAAGUCGUGUACUAUUAUGACCUGAAAA